GAGGGGAGUGGGGCUAGUUUCAAAGCAAUGGUUGUUGCUUAGGUGGUUUCUCUGCUAAGACAGUGUCCAAUGAUCAUUUCCGUUCAUAGUUUGCAGCUUGUGGAUCUCAGAGAGCAGGUGGGGGUGGAGCAUGUAGAAGACACAGAGUUAAGAGGAGUGAACUCAACACACAGGGGAGGGCUCUGGGGUGCAGAGGACAGACACACGGAUGCUUUGCUGGCCAAACACACGCCAUCUGAGGCUCUCUCUGCGCUGGGGCUGUGUUUCCACCACCCGUCACCCAGCCCAGAAGUUCUGACCUCCACCCCAUUCCCAGAGCUGGGGUUAGAAACCAGGAGUCCUGGCUCCCAGGGCACAGUGGAACAAGAUAUCAUGGCACUCCCACCAACCACAGCGGCAAAUUUCAACAAGACCGCGGAGAUCAUGAAGACCUCUCACCUGGCCUCUGCUCUGUUGCUCUUCAUCACCUUCCUGGUGGGUGUGGCGGGGAAUGGGCUGUACGUGUGGGUGCUGGGGAUGAAGAUGAGGAGGACGGUGACCACACUCUGGUUCCUUCACCUGGUCUCCUGCUACCUGCUUUUCACCCUGCUGAUCCCCUUCUUCGCCAUCUAUGUCCUCCUGGAUUUCAACUGGGUCUUUGGUAUGGCCAUGUGCAAGCUUCUCAAUGCCUUCAUUUCCAUGGGCAUGUUCUCCUCUGUUUUCCUUCUCACACUCAUCAGUCUGGACCGCUACACUCUCAUUCACCAUCCCAUUUGGUCCCGGAAUCACCGCACCGUGCCCCGGGCUUGGAAGCUGAUUGUGGGUGUGUGGCUGGCCUCCUUUGGUCUCAGUGCUCCCUACCUGGCUUUCCGGGAGACCCAUGUGGUUGACGGGGGCAGAAUCAUCUGCAUCAACAAUUACGCCCUCUCCACAGACUGGAACAGAGCCAAGCCGCGGGACCUGGGCAGACAGGUCCACCUGGCCAUCUUCAUGGUCCGGUUCCUGCUGGGCUUCCUGCUGCCUUUCUGCACCAUCGUGGGAUGCUAUAUCCGCGUGGGCCUGAAGAUGAAGGAUAAGAAGCUGGCGUGGGCUGGGAAGCCUUUCAAGGUCAUGGUAGCCGCGGUGGUUUCCUUCUUCCUCGGCUGGCUUCCCUACCACCUCUACCAUGGCUUGAAGCUCUACAAGAAGGAGGUGCCAGAGUCGGUGACAGGUGUCCUCUUGGUCAUUCACACCUUGACAUCCUGCUUCAAUGCCUCCUUCUCCCCCAUCCUUUACCUCUUCGUAGGGGAGAAGUUCUGGCAGGUCUUCAGGACGUCUCUUCUCACUCUCGUCAAAGCAGCGUUUAUCGAUGAUCUCGGAAGCAGUGGCUCCGAGUCUAGUGGAAGACACGGGUCAGAAGUUGAGAACAUAAGAAAAGAGACGGUCUGAAGGUGCCCAGACUUAGGGAGAGUUGAAAACUUGGCAUCCCCGUUGUUCCUAAAUUUCUGCUGUUUCCUAAACCUGAUGGGUUCGAUGUAUCUCAAUGUUUAUAAACCCCUCAGUGUCCCUGGGUUCUAGAUUCCCUGCUGUCUCUCUCUCAAUUUUUUCAAACUCAGUGGGUCACCAGUGGCACCAGAUUGCUAGCCAGCUCCAGAACCCUGCUAGUUUUAAGUCUCUCAAUGUGUUCUAACCUAACUGACUCUUGGAUUGUGCAUCUCUAGCUGGUUCCGGAAUCUCAUGUACUGUCAGCCAUUCAAUAGGUUCAAACUCAAAGUCUGUUGAGUUUAGGUCCCUGACUG